AUGAUUGUGUAUAAUAACAGUUCUAUAAUCAAUAUCUCCAUAUUUUUCAGUAGAAAUUAUUAUUCCUUCUCUCUUCAUCAAAUCCUUAUUAUUCUUAUCUCAAUUUUAAUUCUACUUCUUAAUUUUCUUUUCCCUUCUGGAUAGAUAUAAACACUUGUUGAGUAUUAGUAGUUUCUGCAAAUAAUUGUUUUUUAUUAAUUUUCUUUUUUUCUAUCCUUAUAAGCUCUUUUAAUUGAGACUGCACAAAGAGAAAUUAAUUUUGGAAUGCUCACUUAAAUAUUAUUAUCAUCUUUCUUGAAUAAAAAUUCUCUUAUACUUAAGACUAUAUAUUAAAUAUUUGUUUAAUCUAUUUUGGUGAUCCAAGUAGCUGUUCACUAAUCAAUUUAGCCUUUAUGA